UUUUUGUUUACAACGUGAUCUUUUGUUUGAAUCGUUUAAAUUGUCAAUUUUUGUUUAAAAAAAGAAAAGUUUACAGUUACAAAUAAAAAUAUUUACAUACAUGUAUAUUAUGAAAAAUUCUAUUAAAUAAGAAAGCAAGAAAUGAGCAGUGGAGGAAAGAAUCCGUAUUAUCGAAACAAUAACAAAUGGAAAUACAUCAAGAAAAAGAAAGCUGCAGAAAAUGACAAAAAUGAAGAAAAUAAAAAUGAUCCUAAGAAUAAAAAAAGAACACGAAAUGAAGAAAAUCCUGAGAAUGAUGGAUAUGAGGCAGCAACACAUCCAGAUGAUAUGGAACCGCAACAUGCCAAGAAAAAGAGAAAGAAAGAUAUUCCAUACACUGGAUGGGAUCUUUAUUUUCCUGAUGAAGAAUAUGCCCAAAAAUCCGAAACCGUUAAGAAAAUAAAAGUAAUGGAAAGUUAUUUGGUGGAAAAUCAAGAAUUAAUAUCAAAAGCUCACUUGGAUGUCGGAGGACCAUUCAAACUUGACGUAAAUAAAGUAUUCGACAGUCAAAUUUUUAAGGAACAAUGGCCAGAUUUUCCAGAAGAGAUCAAAAAUAAUCCAUCACAUACCCUUAAUUGUAUUGGCCUUGCAGUUCACCAGACAAUUGUGAAUACACUAAAAGUAAACGACAGUGAGAGUUCCGAUGAAGUGCCUUUAAUUAGAGUUAGAGUUGUAAAUUAUUUACCAGUUGUUCCACUAAAGAAUUUACGAGUCAAUUAUUAUGGACAACUAAUUACAAUCAGAGGCUGUGUGAUGCGAGUGGGAAAAUGUUUGCGAUUAGCUCAAUGGCUUGUAUAUAAAUGCACCAGAUGUAAUUUAAAAACAGUUGUUUAUCAACCAGGAGGAGUGCCAACAGUUCCCAAAAAAUGCGACUGUGGAGCAAUGAAAUUCGAAAUGGAAGACGAUUCACCUUAUACAAUAACCAUACCUUUUCAAACAAUUAGACUGCAAGAGCAUUUAGGUGAUAAUCAGGACGAUAGACGUGGAACUCUGAGAGUUAUUGACGUCGAACUUGUUGACGAUUUAGUUGACACUUGUAUGCCAGGAGCAGAUGUCGUCGUAACCGGAAUUGUUAAAGGUCAAGAGAAUGAAUCGAAAGCGAAGAAGACUACGGAUCCAAAAUUUCAAUUGCACAUUGAAGCAGUUUCGAUAACGAGUAAUAAGACAAAUUCAAAAACAAAGGGUGUUAUGAUGAUUGAUCUUAAUUAUCACGAUUAUGCCGCUAUUUGUGAAAUUAAGGAAUAUAAAAACCAGGUUUUUGCCCUAUUGAUUCAUUCAAUGUGUCCAAGUAUUUACGGUCACGAAUUAGUAAAAGCGGGACUGUUGUUAAGUUUAUUUGGAGGAAGUUCACCAAAUGGGGAAGUUCGUGAAGAUAUUCACGUUUUACUUGUUGGCGACCCGGGACUUGGAAAAUCACAAAUGUUAAUUGCUUCCUCCCGCAUUGCUCCACGAGGUGUUUAUAUCUGCGGAAACGGAAGUACAGCGUCGGGUUUGACAGUUACGUUGAUAAAGGAGCCAGGAACAAAUGACUACAUUCUCGAACCUGGAGCUUUGGUCCUAGCAAACAGAGGAUGCUGUGUUAUUGACGAAUUCGACAAAAUGACGAAUCAACAUCAGGCUCUAUUGGAAGCAAUGGAACAGCAAUGUGUGAGUGUGGCGAAAUCUGGUGUCAUUUGGUCCCUUCCGGCAAGAACUUCAAUUCUCGCUGCGGCCAAUCCAAUUGGAGGACAUUACAAUAAAUCUAAAACAAUUCGAGAGAAUUUAAAUCUCAGUCAACCGCUGUUAUCUAGAUUUGAUCUAGUCUAUCUUCUUCUUGACAAUCCUGAUAAGGAUCGCGAUGCACACAUUAUUCAACAUAUGGCACAAAAUAAAAGAGAAAGAAGUUUUAAUGAACCAUCGCCAUCGGAUCAUAGAAAAUUAUCAUCUAAAGAUGAUUCUCUUAAAGAAGAAUUAGUACAUUUUAUAAAACAUAAUUCGAAAUUAAUACCGCAAGGAAUUUUACGAAAAUAUAUUGCGUACGCACGACAAUAUGUGAGGCCACGAUUGACAACUGAAGCAGAAAAUGUCUUGGAAGAAUUUUAUCUAAGUAUGAGAGAACGUCAGGGAAAAAUUGGAAAUAUUCCCAUUUUUUUUCGCACACUCGAAGGAUUAAUUCGACUGACUUUGGCUCGGGCAAAGGUUGAUUUAAGAGAAACUGCAAGUGAAUUCGAUGCAUUGGAAGUUGUGGAAAUUAUGAAAGAAACGAUAAACAACAUACCCGAAGAUGUGAGUCCAUUUUUCCAGGGUAAUCUUUCAGGUGGCGGCAAAAUUACGAAAAAUAAGAUUAAAGCAUUCUUAAAUCUAUUGAAACAAGAGAGAAGAUCGGAAAAGCAGCUUUUUACAUUUAGUGAAUUAUGCGAAAUCUUGGAAAAUGGAGGAAUAUCAAUCGACGACAUGAGAGAAUUCAUUGACAAGCUCAAUGAGAAAGGUCAUCUUAUCAAAAAAGGAACAGACUUGUACAAAUUCAUGCCUUCUUAGUUUAUAAAAAAAUCACUAAUACUAUUUUUUUUUUUAAUUUAAGAAAAAAAUUGUGUUUUUAAUAUUAUAUUUUUGUACAUUAUA